CAGCCGAAGAGUAAGAGACCUUAGUGUUGGGGUUCAGGAAGGGUGUUGGAUUAGGGUAUCUGUGGUUUAGUGGGGUUAGGUGGUGGCUAUGAGGUAGAAGACACUGCUUUAGAGGUAUAAAUCGGAUUCUAGCAAUAGAAUUCUCCAAUUUAGUACAUCUAAUGGUAAAAGAUUGGAAGAUCUACUGACAAGAGAUUUCUAACGAUUAAUUUUAGCAAAGCUUACUAGUUUCAACUGAUCUUUUUCAAAAACAAAAUGUUAUUGAAGAUAUACAAGAAAACAAUGAGGAGCAAGAUGAAUCUCAGUUUUUAUAUAAGAUCCCUGAAGACCAAGUCUAUAUCAACGAAGAGGAAGAUAUGGUAUUUCCCUUGAGCCAGAGUACAGUGGAUGGAAAUACUACUAGACCGCUAAGAUGGAUAUGUUGUUCUAAGACCCUCUCAAAUUUUAAAAUAAGGAGAAGAACAGUGAGAUUUCUCCUGAUGUUCAACAUACUCAUCUUGGUGAUCGCAUUCUUAGUGGUAUCAUUUAUUGAUGCAAGCAAGGAGUGGCCUUACAGAACUGGAUAUUUCGCAAAUAAGCUGUCAAGUGACACUUUCCCUUCUUCCAGCGUUAAUUCAAUCAAGAUAAACAACAGAGACUGUAUUACUUACAUCUUGGAAAAUAAGGAUUCAGAUGAAAUUCAAAUUGAUACAAGUUCUGAAAGAUCUACAAAUAUCGACAACAUUUUAGAAGGCUCUGAGCUUUCCAUAAAGGUACAUUCAGAGCAUCCAUACCUACAAUGAUAUACUAAGAUAAAGAUCCCUGGAGGCAAAUCUUUAUCAGCAAUAGCUAUUGAGUUUUCUUCUAAAUCUAGUGAAAAUAUCCUCCUGUAUGAUUAUAAAGAUAACAGCAUUUGGUCAUCUCCACUUGUAAUAAAUGAUCUAUCUAUCGCUAUUGAUGACUCCAACCCGAAUAUCUUCUUCAAGAAUGAGCAUGAAAUCACGAACAUGAGGGUUACAGGAGCUUAUUGAGUCUGAGACUUUCAGAAACUCAAAAUUAAAACAAUGGAUUUUCAAGUUGUCUUUGGAAGUUUAAAUAUUCUUCAAAAUAAAAUUUAUUCAGAGAACAAAAUUACAGUCAAAACUCCCCAUGGAACCCACUGUGUUGCUGGACAAACAAUCAAUACAGUUGACACUUCUUGUCCUAAUCAAGCUACAAGAGACGAAGGAAUCAACAGCACCAUUAUCGAUACAUCCACUUACUGUCAGUCAGAACUCUAUGUAUGCUCUAAUUCUUCAUCUUCUUGUCCGUCAUCGGGAACUCCGAUUUCUUCUGGCCAGGGAAACUUCAAAUUGAGCCUAGAUGAUGGUCCAAUCCAAUUUCUCAUAGACUCUUCUCCAACCCCUGCUAGCUCAACGUAUGCUCCUAAAUUUGACACUUUUGCAGUCACCUCCCAGAACAGAUUACUUGAGAACAGAGAGGAAUUCAGUGGAAAUCCAAAAGACCCAAGAAUGUACAUAUAUGAAAUAAUGAGCCCUAAUCUUGCUCAAACCUGGGUUCAUAUUUUCUUAAAACAAUAUCUGCAGGCUAGAGUAUGGUUGAUCUCUAUUCUUUCUUUGAAUUUCUUGACUCCUACCACAUUCAAAUAUUCUCUGAUUCACAUCCCUAAUGCUACAUGUCCAAAUGCUGCUUCAGGUUCGAUAGUGUCAAGCACUCGUAUCUCAUCCCAACUGAAACUUCGGAGCUUUAUUGAAGGAAAACAUGUGAUAGCAGAGAGAGCUUCAGAUAACUACUAUUCAUACGAUAUUACCUCUGAUAAUAGGUUCGAGAAAGAAAAAAUUUCAUUCCUUGAUGGUAAUAUCUUCAUAGGGAUCUGUCUGGCCAUGAUGUUAGUUGCAACUAUCUUCCUUGUCAUACUUGUCUUCUUAAUGGUAGCCAAACUUAAGACUGGACUUGAGAAGAGAUAUCACAAACAGUUACAGAGAGCAAGAACUUUCUCUAAAGCCAAACAAAGCCAUGCAAAUGAUGGAUAUAACUUUAAAGUAAAAGAGAAUACUGACAAGAGGAUGAGGAAGCCUACUAAAGUGCUUAGGAUAGGCUGCUUCAGUAGUGAUAUAAUUGAGAGAUAUGAAAUCAGAGAUGAUUCAUUCGAAGAGACUAUUAGACAGAGAAUUGAAGCUGAACAAAUGAUCCAACUAUCCUUUUUCAAAGCACUCAAUUUGGAGGUUGAUGGCUACUUUAGAAAGAGGAGAAAUUCCUUCAAAGAUUUUCUCAAUUAUAUCGAACCUGAUGAGCAAUAUUUUAAUGACAAAAAGGAAAAUAAUCCGGAAGAUAUCAAGUCAGUAUCAGUCAGAUUAGAUUUCCUCCACUCACAUUACCUUGAUUUUUGCACUAGGCAUGGGCUAAAAGAGAGAAUUAUAUCUGAAGAGAAAGCAGUCCUUGACUAUUUUGAUCUUAAAAUUCAAGCGAUAAAAUCUUCUGCUACAUCAGCAUACACCAAGAUCAGAUGGAAGACUUUCUUUGAGAAAGAAAAGCAUGAACAGACUAAGAAAAUCAAGGGAGAUACUGUCCAGAGCGUCAGUGAGCUAAAUGCUAGAAGAACUUUCAUAAAUUUCAACUGUGUAGCUAGUAGACUCGACUCAGAUUAUAUAUUGCAAGAAGAUCUGAUCGAGAGAUACAAAGAGUAUUGCCAAGAAAAUAAGAUUGACCCCGUUUCUGCUGGAAGUAUUCUGACUUGACAAGAACUGCUUGAUUUUGGUGCAGUCCAUAAAGAAGAUUUUAAGGUUCCUCACAUGAUUGGGAUCACAAAAGUUCCAAUUGAUAUACUCAAGAUGAACAUUCGAAACUCUUCAGAUCACAAAGAUACUAAUUUCCUUCCUGGGUUCAUUAGAAGGAAAGAAAGACAUACUUCUAUCUUUGAUAUUCCGAUUCGUGGUGGAGGAGUUUAUAGUAUCUUCAAAGGAAAUUCUUCAAGAGCGAGUCUUGGAAGAAACUUGUUCCAAGUAAUAUUCUCUUUGGCAUUCUUAUUUGGAGUUCCACUAACAUUUCUAUUUUGUGUAAUCUGGUCUCUACAACAGUUUAACAAGAUUGAGAGUGAUAUUUAUGCACCUAAUUUUGAUAUCAUCGAUAUAUUCUAUGCAAGUUCAACAGACAAUUGGUUCGAUCACUUAGGAUUGUACUGGGUAUUCUACUUAUUCCUCUCUCUUGGAAUACUUUUUAUUGUCACUGGUCUAGCUGAGAUGAUCUGCUUUAUUGCUACAGAUGGGUCAGACACUGGAAGAUAUCCAGUUAUUAAGACUAUUCCAAGAUGGAUAAUCUCGACACUAUUCUGGAUAAUGCUUUGCCUCUAUAUUGGAAUUUACGUGGCAUACUAUGGAGUUAUCUUGCUAUGGUGCAUCCUAGGAGCUAUCUUGAGCCCUCAAAAAUUUCUACCAUUAGCAUCAGGUGCAGGUGUCAUCAUUGGCUGUGUUGUCUUCUUCUACACAACUAUAAAUAAGAUAAACAACAUUCUUGAUGACAUAGUUACAAAAGUUAUUGAAGAGCAGCUCCAGAUUACACUUGUUAACAGUCUUAACAAUAAUGAAAGAAUUUCAAAAAUUGUAGAUACUGUAGAUGAUCUUCCUCAAGCAACCUUUAAUACUGCAGUAAAUGUAUUUUUGUCAAUUAAUAACCUUGAAAAGGUGGAUAGAGAAGUCACUGACAAAAUCCUUACUGGCAAUGUAAGAGCGCUAGCAAGUGUUCUCCAAACAAGCUUUAUGAUACCGUCAGAAAUCUCCCAAGGAAUUAUUGGAAUGCUCCUUAACGAUCCUCUCCUAAUUAUUAACUCUGUACAAACAUAUGCAAUUAAAAAUGGGAUAAAAGAGACAUACUUUGUUGAUCUUGCAGAUUUCCUGUACUACACUACCAAUACUAAGAUUAAGAAUCGGAAGGAAACUGCUAAGAAAAUAGCUCAAAUUUCAAAGAAGAUUCUAAAGAAAAUAUCACCUUCAUUUGAUUGCGAUGUCAUUGAUAUUAUUAUAAAGAUUGCCUUUGAGAAUGAUCUCACUCCUUUCAAAGAGAUCCUAGAGGCAGAAAAUCUUCCUGUAGAGAUCCUCUACAUUUGAAUUGGAGUCAGUAACAAAGACAAAAUUGAAAUACAAGAAAAUAUUCUGAAACUUGCGAAAAGAUUUUUCCCUAAAAGAUUGUAUAAGCUGUAUUACGGACUUAACAAACUUGCUAUAAAGAACAUAUAUGGCAAGAAUGACUUUAUUGAAAAGGCGUUAUCUAUAUCCCCCUGCAUCUCCAUUGAGCUCAUCUUUGCUUUAUUCAGUCAAAAUGAAGAGACUGCGAGGUAUGCAAUGCUCAAAGGAAUAGAUAAAUUCUGUAAAGUACAGGGAUAUAACAUUGAUACUCAGAUGCUCAAAAACCUAUACCUUGGCUUAAGUGCCAUCAUUAGCUCUGAUAAGGUAGAUCUGCACUCGCUUGCAGUAAACUCUACCUACAACUUUCCUCUCAAUGAAGUAGGCUUGCUUUAUAGGGCUUCUCAAGGGGAUAGAGCAGCUAUCACUUUUAUCUGUGAUCAUUUAAGAAUUGGAGAGAAUAGCAACAUUCUUCGUGAAAUUGCUGGAAUAUUCUGAGGUGAAGAAAUUAAUCUUAAGGAAAUAUGUGCAAAGCUAAGCCUCCCAUUAAAGCCAGUGAACCAGUUCAUGAUCCUUGCUCUUUCCUGUAAUGAUCUUAUUUCAAGACUCUCAAAUAUGGAUACUGAAAACAUAGCCUACUUUUAUACCCAAACAAAGCAGAUAAAAGACUCAAUUGUAAUACUUGGUGAUCUUCUGAGUGGUUAUCAACAAAUAUUAUAUGCCAUGGAUAUGAUAAAGGUUAAAUUCAACAGAAUAGAAACAAAGAUAGGUGAUAUUGUCCACAGAAUCAAUAAAAUACGCAAGGAAGAAUUCGAAAUGAGCAUGUCUUAUUAUAAAAUUGAACAACUUAUUGAAGAAAUCAGAGAACUUGUUGAUAUGUUCACCAAUAUCUUUUUAGACAAGAUAACCGCAAGUAGCACAAUAAUAUCAGAUUUUUCUGCUGAUAAUAUAAAGAAAGAUUAUUUACUCUCUUUAGUAAAUGUCGCAAUGUUCAUAUCAAAUUGCAAUGAUAAAGAACUGAUGUUCAAGUCCCUGAAGACUGAUACUUACAAUAACUCAAUAAAAAUUAUUUCUUAUGUCAUUGGGGUCGAUCCUGACAAGCUUCACUUCAUUGUGGAUCUUUUUACAAGAGAGCCUUCUCAAAUCUUUAGAUUUGAAGAUAAAAUUCCUUCGAUCAAUCCUAGCAAACUUAAAAUAAACGGUAAUAUUUCUAAAGCUAGGCUCAACAUGAUAUCAGAAGUGUUUAGUAUUCCAAUCGAAACAGUCAGAAAAAUGGGUGCUCUAUGGGCUUAUUCCCAAACAAUGAUAAAUACUACCACUUACAAGACAGUUUUUAACGGAGUGAAAGAGAGCUUCAUCACAAUUAUGGGCAAGGACAUCCUCAAAGUAGAUACUGGAUUUCUUCAAUUGAUCCUUAACAUGAAAACAUCCUUCGAUAGUGGAGAAGCAAGUGACUACUUCUUGUCUAGUAUGAGAGACUUUCUCUCAACGUUAAUAGACAAGACAUCUUCCGUCUUCCUUGAUCAAGAAAAGUUCAACGAAUUGAAUAUAAAUCUCGAUACAAUAUGGCAAUGGGAUACCCUCGUUGGAAAGUCUUUCCUUAGUUCAUAUAAAAAGGAAUUGGAAAACAGCUCUGAAGAAGUUCAGAAGAUUAUGAAUUCUCAAGUCAAUCUGCCAAAGAAGGAUCUUAAGAACAUUUUUGAUAUAUUAAAGAGGUUCACAAGAGUAAUUAUUACAAAAGACUUAUCUUCCAUAAGCAAAGGUAUUAACUCAAAGCCGAUUCAAAUGUUAUUCCAGGACAUCACUCCAUUGUUUGAUGAGAAGUAUAUCGACUGAAUCCUAACCUUGAACAUGAUAUAUUCUUACUCUAAUAAACUUAGAACGAGGAAGUAUAGAAGCAUCAGAAGGAUAUUUAUUCCUGCUAUCCUUCUAUUCAACAAGAACGUUCUGAAAGAGGCGUUUAUGAAGUUGCCUCCCAGAAACUCCCUGUUCAAGAACUUGACAGCAAAGUUGAAGAAACUUGUCAAAAAGCCUGAAGUAUUGAAUGAGCUUGAAGUAUCAAUGGAAAAUAUGUACCAGUGCCUCUUUGAAGCUGGCUUCUUUGAUAGACUUUGUGCUAAGCUAUUCAAAAAGGACAAAGAAAGUUUCCUUAUAGAUAUUGACCACAAAAGACUUAUUAGAUUGUGGCUACAUCUUAGCAGUGAUUAUCAAAGCAGAGAUAAAAUUAUUAAUAAUUUCCUUAAGCUAGGGGAACUUGGCACAAAAGAUGACCUCAAAGUAUUUUUCUCCCUUGUUAGAAACGAUAGCACUUAUGAGAAAUUGCUACAGAAGUUCUUUAAAGAUAUAGGAAUGCCUUCAAAAUUAGGACUAAAUCUCCUCAGAGUUCUUGAUGUUGAGAAUGUUAAUAUUUGAUAUAAAGCUGCAUUUAACCUCCUAGAUAAUGAAUGUACUAGUCCUCAAUCAAUUGCUGCCUUUAUUUCUUGUUUCAAAGGAGAUAUUUCCAAUAUACAAAUAUUGUCUGAUCAACUAGACUUGGAUUCACAUUUCGCAUCAAUAGUGUUUCCUCUGGCUAUGAAGAACACAAAAGUUGACUAUAAGUUACUGUGUAAGAAAUUGAGUACUGAUAGAAUUACCCUCGUAACAUUAAUCAGCAAGAUUGCAUGCGGGGAGACAGACCUAUUAUUGAGACUGACAGACAGCAGCAAUACUUUUGACGAAUCUCGUUUCUUAGUAAACCAAGAGAAAUUACAGCUAAUAAAUGCAGUGUUAGUUUUAAUUAAACAAGUUGUUAACAGUAGAAAAAGUCAGAGCAAGCUUAACUUAAAAGCAGUCUUAAAUAGUUGCUCAGUAAUCUCUUCUACAAUUGAAAACAAUCUUCUCUAUUACAAACAAAAAAGAAAGAUUUUCCAAGCCGAAGAAGAUCAGUUUGGUGAUGAGGGCAAUUUAUUCAGAAACAUCAUAAAUGAAACAGUGGCUAAUGAAGGAGGAGAAGAGGAGCUUAACACCAAAAAUCUUGAAAUUCCUGGAAAGACUGCAAAAGUUAGCCCUACAGAAGAAAACAAAGAGGAUCAUCAGACAUUUCAUGCAGACUCAGAGACAAAUCUCCUCCAUCGUGAUCUGCAUGAUGAUUCUCCUCUACAAGAGCCUGAACAAAAAGAAGAUUCUAAAAAAAAAUCAAAACUUAAUUUCUCAAAGCUAGUCGAAAGAUUAGUAUUAUUUAGUCUGGGUGAUACCUUUGCUGCAGAAGAAAUCCUUGAGACUUUAAAAAGUCAUUACAAAAGAAAGAGAAAAUACAAAACUGAUUUUAUCUAUACUAUUGAAGACCUCAAAAAGUUCCCAGAGAUGAUGAUAGAAAGAAAAAGGAGAAAAAUGGUUAAGGAAGUAUGGUCCCUUAACAACAAAAAUGAUCAGAAAGUCACAUUGAAAUCAAUAGUUAAGAAGAAAAUAGAGAGAGACCAAGAAACACAGCCCGUCCCUCUUGGUUCUGCUCAAAGGAUAAACUCAUAUGUUAGAAUGAUAAACAAAGAUAAGGUCUAUCAAUACUUGUGAUACAUCUGGAAUCAAGAAACGAAGAAUCUGUUAAAUCAAAACUCUACAGAAAAGACUGAGCCAGCAGAUGAGCUUCAAGAUGAGACAUUGAAAGUCAUUCGUGAAAACAAUCUCACUGCUUUACAUUGACCAUUUGUUUCUUACGGAUAUCAACCCAAAGAUCAACCUUAUUAUGAAUGAGAGAUUAAAGAUUCUGAAACUCCAAUCGAUUUAUGCUUACUAUGUGCUCAUAAAUGACAGCAUGGAGUUAUCACGAAAAUGGUUCCUAAGAAAGGUCCCAGUGUAUGAAAGUGUGGGCAAACAAAUGAGAUCAGAGCUAAGCUUAAAAGCAGCAUAAUCCUAACAAAAAUUACUCCAUUCAAAAGUCCUUUGAACAAGUGAAGAUGUGAUCAAUUCACAGAGAUCCCAGAUCCAGAACAAAGAAUAGAGCAAGAUAUGGAAGAUGAUAUCGACGAGCAAGAUAACAUUGAAGAAAAUAUUGACGAAGGAGACUUAUCAGGCUUAGCUGGAGGUAAUAAUGACAAAUCCAACUUCAAACGAGACGUGGUGACUGAAAAAGAGAAACCUUUAGAUAAAACUCCAAAGUCGAAGAAAGAACUUAAAGGUUUCUUAAUCAACUUCAAAGAACUUUCCAAAAGGCUAGUUGCUACCAUGGACAAUGGCAAUUCUCAAUUUUACAGAGAAAGGUCUACCCCUAAAGAAGAAACCAAAAUUCCAGUUGGCGCCAUCAGCUCAGAUGAGCACGAAGGUGGUUCUGGGGAAGAUGAAUUAGAUGAGCCUAUUGCAGAGACUAUCAGAGAUCCAAGAGAUAGAAGUGCUAGGUCAAACAAUAAUCUUAAUGAUGAGCAGGAAGAAUCAAAGGAGCUAAGUCGAAGUUACUCUGUGCCUAGACCAAUUAGCUCUAGUCCUCAGGAUAGAGAAGAGUCGCCAGAACACUCUUCUGAAGAAGGUUUAGCUCGUGAGCAAAAAUCUAGCUUUAAAGGAUUGUUCGGUCUCCCUAGUACUUUCCAGCAGAAAGAAGCUCCUUUAAAGCAAAAGAAAGAUGAAUCAAAGCUUCCUCCAAUCUUUCCCUCAAGAGAGAGGUUUAUGACAGAGCCUACUGUAGAGUAUGAUCUUUCUGACUUAAGGAAAGAAGUUCAAAUUGUCAUUCUCAAAGGAACUAAAGAAAAAACAACUGAGACAAAUAUUAAUGUAUUUUUAGAUAAAAACGAGGAAGAAGAACUUAUAUGCAUUAACAAAGAUACUAAAAUUAUUGAUAAAAAAGCAACCGAGCAGGUCCAAGAGGAUCAAAGAGAACUUUCAAAGCUUCAAUUCUUAGAAAAAUAUGGCAAAGAAUCACAGUUGGUUGUCUACAAGGAUGAAAGGAAGAAGUUGAAACCAAUAAGAAAUCAUUUCUCCUCCACUUCAUUUGGGCGAAACCCGAAUGCACCGAUCGAUAGAAUCCCAUCUGAGUCUACAGAGCCAAUGCAGCCAACUACUGGAGGAAGAGUCUUUCUAAAUUUAUUCAACCGAAAUGAAGAUAAAUCAGAGGAUCAAGAAUCGUCAGAGGAAGAACCUCAGAAAAUUGAAAGAAUUGACAGUUCAAUCAAGAAUCCUUAUUUUAAUAAAACGUCUAAAUCUUCUGAAAACACUGCAGGAAGGAUAUUAAAAGGAUUUAUUGGAAACCAAGAACUAUCAUCAUCAUCUUCGGAAGAUAGCUCUGAAACAGAAACAGCGACUAUUGAUAACCUUGGGUCUACUGGAACUAAAUCCAAAUUUGAACUAGAACCAAAAACUAAAUAAAGUCAGCCUAAAAUUUGAUGAUGACAAAGACAAUAUUUCAAAUGAAUCUAUAGAUGAGCAAGAGAUGGAUAUUAUUGAUAGAUUCCUCAAAGACCUUAUUGAUGCUCAUCGCUUGCCAGGUGAUAUUUCAACUCAAGACCUUUACGUAUUUGAUGAAAGCCAGGAUAAGGUAACUCAUCUUUUCGAACUUCUCUGUCAAGGAGAACUAUCACCUGGUCUUAUAAAAUUUCUGACAGUCAAGAAAACAGAAGAUUCAGACUUAUUUUACUGAGAGAACCCCGCAGAAAGUACUGAUGACUCUAAAAGUUACAGUUUGAUUCUGUCAAUUCUAUCAUUAGUUGAUGGAGACUACACUAACUUCUACAGGCAUUGCGACAUGUUAGUCAAUACAAUUUCAAAUCAGCCUGACAGGAAAAAUGAUAAGAGGAAAGAAAUAGCUUUAACUGUUAUGGCACUUAUCCACGGAAUCCCAUUUGAGCCUGACCUAAAAAUCGAACAGGAUAUUGAUCAAUUGCUCUUGGAUUACUUCUCUAAGUUAUUUAAAACCAAAGCUGAGACUGCCAUUGAUCUCCAUACACUUUUAUCAAGGAACCAGUACGAGCUGUAUCAAUUUUUCAAAGACAUGUCUGACUUUGAUCCUAAUCUUGAAUACGACAAAAAUAUAAUUCAUCUGAGAAAGAAAAUGUACAGAAUGAUUUACUUCAAGUUCAACUUUGAUCAGGAGUCAUUUGAAUGGUUCAAGACUCUAAGUUGUCUAAUCCUAGGAGACAUAGAAAGAAUCGAAUUCAUUGCUGGGGAGUUUGACCUCUCCCCCGCUUCAAUGGAUCUCCUCAAAGCGAUCACAACACUUAAAAUAGAAGAAAUGGGUCCUUUAUUUAAUUUGAUUCAGAAAAGAACCAAAAACGAAAUCAGUGUUGAAAUUCAAAAAAUGUAUACAAAUAUCCUCAGGUCUGAUAUUGGAGCUACUUUCAUGUUGAUGUUUGGCGAUAAAAAUUCUUCUGAGAAAAUCUUUAAGAAACUUUCAAGCUACACAAAGAUAUUUGAGAUGAUUAUUAGUACGACACAUUGCUCACAGGAAGAAAUCGCUAGUGUUCUCGGCAUCAGUAAAAAGCUCAAAAAAGCAAAAGUACUGCUUCUCUCAAAAGAUUUCCUCAAAAAUUUAAUGCAAUUGAUGAAAGGAGAGCUUGCAUAUGGGAAAAUCAGAAAGGUUAUGUACUCUCUUUUAGACCUUGCUGGUCAGGAAAAACUAGCUAAAUUUAUUCAAACCCACAACCAACAUGUAAAACUGUAUGAUAGCCUUGGAGGUGCACUAAAUGGCAAUAUUCACGACUUCGGAUAUCUUUGAGACUUCUUAUUCUCAGGAGGCAGAUCCUGGAUCUGUUCAUUCCUGACUGCAAUGGCAUCUAAAAGCUCAAUCUUCUGCUUUAAAGAGAGCAACCUUGCAUUGGAGCAUACAAAAGAAAUUAUAGAUAUACAUGUAAAAGCUCUUUUCCAAGGAAUGCUAGGAAUAGAUUUUGGAGAAAUUGCGAACAAAGAGAUUGUAGAAGUCUUCAGCUAUAUUUUUGUAGCAACUCUUUGCAGGAAGAACAAUGAUAUUACUGGGAUGAUCAAUAUUAUUCAAAAGAUUAUAGACCUUGGAAUUAUUGACUCAAAUCUACUCAAGACUUUAAAGAACAUUAUUGAAGGGAAUGUAAUUGAUGAGAUAGGUGAUAUGAUCAAGCUCUGAAUUCCAAGAAUUAAGAAGGAAGUCAGCAGAAUUGAAGGAAUUAACCCUAGUGAUUUAAAGACACUUGAUUUCUUAAGAAAUCAUGAUCUUUAUGUAAUAAUCAAUACAGAGACAUUGAAGCCAGAGUUAUUAGUUUCUAAUCAAUACAAGAAAAAGAACCUCCCUGCAGUAGUGAAACUAGAAGACUCUGAUGUUGUUUUAUCAAACGCUUCCCUAAUUUUUGAAUACCUAUUAAACAUCUCUCUUCGGAAGCCCCUUUCUAUUAUGAAUUUCACUUCUAAAAUCUUGUUGCCAAUGUUCCACAACAAUCCUACCUUAAAAAUAGCAUCUGCUUGCUUCCAAACUAUCAUGAACAAAAGACCAUUCACAACUAAAGAAAUUAUGAAUCUCGGCAAGAUCAUUAGCCAAGCUUUCAUUAAGAUGAAGCAGGGAGAUCAGAAACUAAAUCAAUUAGGAAACUUUUUGAACAUAGCAGGAGAUUCUGCAUCAAACCUUAAACGCCAAUUUAAUGCAACAGCAAUGAAACAACUUGGAGGAAUCACAAUGAAAUACCAAGAUGUUGAGAAAAUGUACGAUCCUAAUUGAUUCACCCUCCUUUGUCUUUUGAUGGAAUUCAUCGACCCUGACAUUCAAAUUAAAAGGAUCAGUGAGAUAUUAGUGGAAAUUGCAGAAAUUAUUUCUAAAAUAAUAGAAGAUAAGACUGGUUCUACUCCUGAAGCCAUCCCCAUGAUGAUUAAUAUAAUGAAGUUCAUUUAUGCGCUGAGCAAGAAAGAGUUCUCUGCUAUCCCUGAAAUUGGGAGUUCUCUAGUAGAUUCUAAUUCUAAUAUGCAGAAAAUAAUUUCUGAGUUCUUUGGGAUCCUAAGGAAGUACAAAAGUAAUAUAUUCACAUCAGAGCGUUAUAAUACUCCUGAAGUAUCUUCAUUUGUCGAAGACUCAUUCUUCUUUGCUCAGAGACAGCUAAAAGAUCCAAACUUUAGUGUUAAAGGUAGCCUAACAGCAGUUUCGACUCAAGGUGCUAAGAUGGUAAAAGAAGUAGCAGAUGAUGUUAAAGAAAAUGUUAAAGAAAAAGCUACAGAGUUAGCUGAUUAUGUCAAAAACUCCUCGACUAGUUAUAUCAAAGAAGUUAUGUACAAAGAUCUCUUCAAAAUGUUUGACCUUGAUCAAAGUGGAAAUCUUUGCUUCGCUGAGUUCCAAGACUUAUCGAAAUACAUGGGGAUCCAGAUGGAUAACGAACGUGCAUUAAAGAUGUUUUCCAUUGCAGAUAAAGACAAAAAUAAUUCAAUUACUUUAGACGAAUUCCCUGUUGUGAUGGGUCUUUUAACAGAACAGAUUGCUAUAGAUACACUCAAGAACUUAGACUUAACCUCAAGAGAUCUAAUACUGUUUGCAGUGCUGACCUUGAGCUAUUUGGUUCUUGCUCUUUUGUUCAUCUUCUUUGGGAUAUUCACCUUCAGUAGAGCAGAUGGCUUCAAUGCUGUCAUUAACUCCAUUAUGCCUCUUAUCGCUGGUGCAAUAGCAGCAUUAAGGAGUCUUAACCUGAAAGAAAGAGUUGAUUCGGUCAAAGAAUACAUAGAAGACUUUAUUAGAAAAAUGAGAAGAAUCUAAACAGAUUAUU